UAGCGACUGAGAGACGAGCGUUGACAGUGCUGGACCGGCUGGCUCGGGUCGCGGCCGCGGCGUUACAUCGUUUUCCAAUCUGUCCGCAAACGCCGCCACCCGAGACAGAGCCAGGAUGUUCGGGAUGCUGAGCAGCAGCUUUGAGGAUGAUCCCUUCUUCUCCGAUUCUUAUAUGGCACACCGAGAAAGUAUGCGACAGAUGAUGAGAAAUUUUUCUGAACCUUUUGGAAGAGACCUGUUCAGCAUCUCUGAUGGCAGAGGAAGAGCUCAUAACCAUACGGGACAUGAGGAUGGAGAAAAUUCCUUGACUGAUAUCCAGAAGGAAGAAGGAAAAAUUGGAAGACUAGUCUAUGCUAGAGCUGUCCCACAGCCAAGGAUACACCACUCACGUACAGAUGUCAACCCUUUUCAGGCAAUGGACCGAAUGAUGUUAAAUAUGCGAAACAGUAUGCAGGAAUUACAAAGAAACUUUGGUCACCUUUCAACGGAUCCAAAUGGACAUUCAUUUAGUUCUUCCUCAGUUAUGACUUAUUCCAAAGUAGGAGAUGAACCACCAAAGGUUUUCCAGGCCUCAACUCAAACCCGCAGGGCUCCAGGAGGAGUAAAGGAAACUAGGAGAGCACUGAGAGAUUCUGAGAGUGGACUAGAAAAAAUGGCUGUUGGUCAUCACCUCCGUGACCGAGCUCAUGUCAUUAAAAAGUCAAAGAACAAGAAGACUGGAGAUGAAGAGGUCAAUCAAGAGUUCAUCAAUAUGAAUGAAAGUGAUGCUCAUGCUUUUGAUGAUGAGUGGCAAAAUGAGGUUCUAAAGUACCAACCAAGGGGACAAUGGCACAAUCUAGAAAACUCUAGGAUGAGAAGCAUUGGCCAUGAGAAUUCAGGAUCCCGAGAACUUAAAAGAAGGGAGAAACUGCAUCAAAGUCCAGCCAUUGAACGUGGAAGAAGAUCAAAUGUUUUUGUGGACAAACUCAACAUCAAAGGAUCACCUGUGAAAAUCAACAAAAAAUAAAUAGCAUUGCAUUUGAUUUGUUUAGUUUUGGUUGUUUGAACGGAGAAAGUAAUGGUGCUGAGUAAUACACCUAAGACCAAUCGCUUGUUAUUAAAUCAAUACUGUGUUCUUAGCAAUUUUCUUCUGAAUGUUCUUGGAAGUGCUAGCUUUAUAUUGUCCCUACUUUAGGAAUAAAACUUUAAUUUUCAAUAGUG